AUGUCAUUUGCGCCAACGUCUGAUCUGAGAAAUUCUGUAUUAAGCGAGGAGCUCAAAACUUCCGUAUGGUUAAACCACAUUGGUCUCAAGAAAGUCGAGGAGAUAAGACGGUCUUACUAUGACAAACAAAGUUCGCCAAUUCCUGUCGCAAACGAAGUUGCGACCAGCGAAAAGGUGGCAGAAGUGAAUGAUAAAACGGAGUUAAUCUCUGUUGAUAAUUUGUCCGAUUCUGAUUCGAACGUCAUCAAGUUAGAAAACUUGGCAUCAUUCAAUCCUGAAGCUUAUUUGCUGUUACAAGAGUUGAAAAAAGAGAAAAGCGACCUUGUGAAAUCACCCCGUGAAGUCCAAAAGGCUAUUUCGAUACACUUAUUACAAUUGAACAAGUUGCGUCAACAAAGGUUUUUGCAAAGCGGAUCAAUUGAGCCAUCUUCGGCCGAAUUGGUUGUUUACAAGAAAAUCGUCAAGUUGAUGACACUUCUUGCGGAAACAGCACAGGGACAACAAGUCUCACUUGCAUUGAGCAAAAAAUUGCCGGUUUUACUCAAUGAGUAUCAUGGAGUUUUGCCAGGACCUUUACCACAGAAAAAUAUCUCUUCCACCAAGGCCGGCCGAUUAAGUGGAAUCCGGGGACCAUACAAAAAGAGAGGAAGAUUUGCUUAG